AUGCAGUCAGACACCGCGCCUAAGAGCCGCGCGAUAAACUUAACCGCACCUCAGCCUCCACCGCGAUAUCAGAAUCCAACAAAGGUUACGAAACAAGCCGUACAGCCACCUGAGGGCCCUAAAAAAGUACCUGGAACCACCGCGAAGACCACCAAACAGCCUGAAACUACCACUAAGCUACUGACCAAGCCCGCACCUAUGAAAUGGGCCACUAUUGCCACAAAUAACACCCAAUCUGGAGGAUGGAAAACCGUCCAGUAUAAGAAACAGGCCUUGGCACCCUCGAAGGCUCUGUCGACAACUGAUUUGAAGCCCAUAAGUACCCGGAGUAAAGAGGAGAGGCGCCUGAUCUUCAGACGACAAUAUCCUAAGGAUGCUCCUACCGCAUUGAAAGCUGAUAUCCUCUUAGCCCUUAACCGUGCCCUUGCUAAGGCAGGCUUUCCUGACUUUGUAAGAGCGAUCGAUUCUGGAUACGCAGCCUCAGGGGCCUUAACAGUGCUCCUAGAGCGAGGCACUCGCAGCAGCACCCUCGUGCCUGUCUACAACGAUACUCUACUAGCUGCUGUACAGGCAGUACCUGUGGACCGCUACAUGUAUAACGACCAAGGCCUAGCACUAGCCCAAGAAGAGAUUGAGCUGGGAACACCAUAUAGGCUUAAACGAGAGCCAACGGGACAAUCCCCUCUUCUGAAGGCUGACGUCCCAACAGCAUAA